AUGGCGCUGCUGCGGGCGGCCGCGCUGCCCGCCGAGGGCUGCCCGGCCUGGCUGCCCACGCACGUCCAGGUGACGGUGGUGCGGGCCCGCGGGCUGCGCUGCAAGGGCGGCGGCAAAGGCAAGGCGGGCGGCAGCGACGCGUACACCGUGAUCCAGCUGGGCCGCGAGAAGUACAGCACCUCGGUGGCCGAGAAGAGCGGCGGCAGCCCCGAGUGGAGGGAGGAAUGCGCCUUCGAGCUGCCGCCCGAGCCCGGGGCCUGCCCGGGGCUGCUGCUCACCGUGAUGCACCGGGCGCUCGUGGGCAUGGACCGGUUCCUGGGCCAGGCCCUGGUGGCCCUGGAGCCCGCCCGGCAGCGCGGCCGCGAGCCCGACGAGCGGUGGCACAAGCUGCACUCCAAGGCGGGGAAGAAGGAGAAGGAGCGGGGUGAGAUCCUGGUGAGCAUCCAGUUCACGCGGAACAGCCUCACGGCCAGCAUGUUCGACCUGUCGGCCAAGGACAAGGCGCGCUCGCCCUUCGGCAGGCUGAGGGACAAGGUGGCAGGCAAGAAGAAGUACGAGCUGGAGUCGGCCUCUGCCAUCAUCCCCAGCAGCGUGGGGGCCCUGGACAUGGAGGACGACUUCGAGCUGGGGGGCAAGAAGUCCAAACUCAAGGGCUUCUUCCUGAAGAGCAAGCUGCGCAAGUCGUCCCUGACGCAGUCCAGCACCUCCCUGGGCUCCGACAGCACCGUGUCCUCAGCCAGCCUGAGCGUCCCCGAGGUGCCCAAAUCCCCCAGCAGACACGGCAGCCUGUCCGCAGAGCACUCUGGUAAGAGGAUCAGGGAUAAUCCCCCCAGGGCUCCCCUGCCUCCCUCUGCCAGGGACCGCUGCGGCCUCCUCGCAGCUCUGGGCACCGCCUGCUUACCCAGCACAGAAUCAGGAAUUGUGCAGCUGGUUGUUCCAGCUCCGGGGAUGUGGAAUGUGGGACCAGGAGUGUGCAAUUGGUGCAAGGUAGGAGAUGAGGGUGGCCUCAGCCGCCGUGCGUCUGUCCCCGCAGGGAAGGAGCUGCCGGCCUCGCCGAAGCUGACCCACAAGAGAGCGUUCAGCGAGGACGAGUCCCGGGCCAGCCCCGCCGGAGCCCCGCCGAGCCCCGGGCCGGGCCGCGAGCCCGCGUCCCGCUCGUCCCGCUCGUCGCUGUGCGUCAACGGCAGCCACGUGUACGGCGAGGAGGCGGCGGCGCCCCGCAACCCGCCCGUGCCCCGCCGCCAGGAGCAGCCCUGCGCCCGAGCCCCGCUGCACCCCGAGCCCCAGCACGCGGCCCGGGGGCCGGACAGGGCCCAGCAGAGGGACGAGCCCAGGUUCAUCCCCUCCCCGCCCAGCCUGGCCCUGCAGGAAGAGCUCAAGGUGUCCACCAAGGCCGUGACGCUCAGCAACCACCUGGGCAGGGCCAGGCUGGAGGAGAGCCACCGCCUGGAGGGCAAACCCAAGGACGGAGCGCCCGAGGACGCCGCGAAGGAGGACAAGAAGGCCAAGGGAGGCUUCUUCCACCACGGGGGCGGCCGCAGCGACGCGGGCGGCAAAGGCCAGGGGGACAGAGGGACCCCCGUCCGCGCCGCGGGGGAUGAGAGCAGUAAGAGCAGCGGCUGGUUUGGGUCCAAGGAGCCCAAAGAGUGCCCUCCUCAGAAACCCAGCCCUCACCCCGUGAAGCCCCUGAGUGCUGUGCAGGAGGGCUCCAGCGAGAGGAGGCAGCAGCCCAGGGCCAGCCUGAGCUCGGCGCUGAGCAAUGGCCUGGAGAGGCUGAAGACGGCGGCCACGAGCAGCGUCCAGCCCCUGGCCCCGGCCGGCCAAAGCCAGGCAGGCAAAACCGACCCCAAGCAGGAGCCCACCCAGCUGGACCAGUCAGCCAAGUAUUACCACCUGACCCACGACGAGCUGAUCCAGCUGCUGCUGCAGAAGGAGGGCGAGCUGAGCAAGAAGGAGGAGCACAUCCACGAGCUGGAGAACUACAUCGACCAGCUGCUGGUGCGCAUCAUGGAGCAGUCCCCCACGCUGCUGCAGAUCCCGCUGGGCGGGGGCCAGGCCCCGUGAGCCUGCCCGGGCCCCGUGAGCCUGCCCAGGCCCUGUGAG